GUUUAUUUACAGAGACAUUUUUACUACGCAAAUAUCAAUUCACUAGGACUUCACAACCUGUAUUUAGGCGUUUGAUUUGACGUGUUUUAAAAUGCGUAUAAAAAUGGACGGCUUGAGUUAGUUAAAUUUGUUAUGGGAAUUGACUCAUAAAAUAAAGAUAAAUAAAUCAAAGUUCAAUGUCAGACUCAUCAAUGCACAACACACAAAAGAAGCCUAGAGUUCUUAUAACACAUCCUGAACUUCCAAAUGUAGCUUUAGACCUUCUACGUUCAAAAUGCGAACUGGUUAUCGUCAGCAAAUUUCCACCAGAAAAAGAUGAAAUUCUUCAAAAAGGCAAAGGGGUUGAUGCUAUAUUUUGGAGAGGACGCUACACUGCCAUUGGUCGGGAGUUCCUAGAUGCAAUUGGACCUCAGCUUCGAUGUAUUUCAACAAUGUCUACGGGAUUUGAUUUUGUUGACAUUGAAGAACUUAAGCGAAGAAAGAUUCUGCUGGGAACAACAAUGAGAGUGCAAGAUAUAGCUGUUGCCGAACUAACUAUUGGAUUGAUGAUUGCAGCUGCUAGACGAUUUCAUGAAGGAAAAUCUUCGAUUGAAAAUUCAACAUGGAAUAGUCAUAGCCUUCGAUGGUUAUUGGGCCAAGAAAUUCGAGGGUCAAAAAUUGGAUUUUUUGGAUUUGGUAACAUAGCCCAAGCAAUUGCUGGUCGUUUAAAGUUCUUCAAAGUUGACACCUUUUUAUACCAUUCUCGAAAUCAAUCGGAUAAAGCUGAUUUAUAUGAUGCCAAAUAUAGGACAUUCGAUGAACUGUUGGAGGAAAGUGAUUUUCUUAUAAUAGCUUGCCCUUUAACCAAUGAAACUCGGGAAAAAUUCAAUGCUAGAGCAUUUGAUAAAAUGAAGUCCAAUGCAGUUCUAGUGAAUAUAUCAAGAGGACAAAUAAUUGACCAAAAGGCUCUUUACAAUGCUUUGAAAACUAAUAAGAUCUUUGCUGCUGGAUUAGAUGUUAUGAACCCAGAACCAUUACCUUCAGACGAUCCACUUCUGAGUCUUCCUAAUUGUGUAAUCAUUCCUCAUUUGGGCGCAACAACAGAAAGGACACGCACAGAAAUGGCUAUUGUGACAGCUCAAAACAUUUUGAAAGCUCUUGCUGGUGAACCAAUGAUUUCACCAGCCUAUUAAAAUUAUAACAUUAAUAAAAGGAACACAUGAUUCUUUUUUAUUGGUUUUAGAAGCUAUAUGAAAACUGUUUGUAUUUGUAUAAGAUUUUUACCGUUAGAGAAAUUUACAACAAAUAUUUCAUGUGAUUUUGUUGAAAGAUUUUGACAGUUGAUAGCGAUCAUAUAUAUUAUUGAAUAUGCA